AUGGCUUCGUACGAGAUGAAGAACCGAGUGGAAGUCGGUCACUGUCCAAGUCAGGAUCGCGACGAUCUGGACCUUGCGAGAAUUGGGAAGAGAGCCGUUCUUAAACGCAACUUUAGCACUCUAUCGAUUCUCGCCUUCAGCUGCACGAUUACCUCCACUUGGGAAGGAAUCCUGAACACCUUUCUGCUUCCUAUGACGAAUGGAGGACCUGCAGGUGCCGUCUACGAGUAUAUCUUUGCAUGGAUCGGAACUGCAUCCUGCUUUUUGGUUCUCGCCGAACUAUCUUCCAUGGCGCCUACCUCUGGAGGACAAUAUCAUUGGUGUGCAAUGCUUGCGCCCCCUAGUUGCAUGAAGUUUUAUAGCUAUAUCACGGGCUGGAUAACGGUAUUUGCCUGGCAAACCGCCUUUGCAUCGAUCGCCCUGUUGAGCGGUACCGAGAUCCAGGGGGCCGCUAUCUUGACCUUCAAGAACUACCAGAGCGAACACUACCAUGGGACUCUUAUCCUAUGGGCGUGUGUGAUACUCGCUCUAGCAGUAAAUGCGACCGGUGGUAAAUUGCUCCCACGUCUUGAAAACCUUGUUUUUGUCUUGCACAUUGUUGGGUUUUUGGCCAUUCUAAUCACUCUCACCUCCGUGGCGGAUCACAAAAGCGCUAAGGAGGUGUUUACCACAUGGACAAACAGCGGUGGCUGGUCCUCUAACGGCAUCGUUUUCUUCAUUGGGAUGCAAGGUAGCGUUUUUGCGUUUUCUGGUGGCGAUGCCGCCGUCCAUAUGGCCGAAGAAGUUCACAAGGCCUCAGUGGUCAUCCCUCGUGCUUUGAUACUUACUGCGCUAAUAAACGGUGCCCUCGGAUUUGGCAUGUUGAUUGGGGUCUUGUUUUGUAUGGGCGAUCUUGAGGCAGCGACCAAAAGUCCCACGGGAUAUCCUUACAUGGAAAUCUUUUUUCAGGCAACUAAUUCGUUAGGUGGUACUGUGGCCAUGAUAUGCAUCGCGCUUGUGAUUUGCAUCUGUUCUGCCAUUGGAAUGAUCGCUGCGACCUCGCGCCAAUUCUGGUCUUUUGCACGCGAUCGAGGCGUGCCCGGAUGGAGGGUAUGGAGCAAGGUCUCCCCUACCACGAAUAUUCCGAUCUACUCUGUGUGCUUCACCAUGGUUGUAUCAUGUCUGCUCGGCCUGAUUAAUAUCGGCUCCGAUGUCGCGCUGAAGGACAUCCUGUCUAUGGCUGUUUCGGGCCUCUACCUGUCAUACCUGACCGUUGGGACCUUGCUGCUCUACCGGCGUCUUCGUGGCCACAUCCGCACCAGCAGUGAAUGCGAAGACAUGACUGUCAAUGUCCCCAAUGCUUCGUUAGUCUGGGGGCCGUUCCGUAUUCCUGGGGUUCUCGGUGUUGUCAACAAUAUCUUUGCUGUUUGCUAUAUGAUUAUCGUGAUUUUUUUUAGCUUCUGGCCCACAACAGUGGUGGUGGAUUAUAAGUCUAUGAACUACAGUGUGGUUGGGACGUUCGGGACGGUCAUUAUCGCCGUUGUAUAUUAUGUGGUUCGGGCCCGACAUGUCUACCAUGGACCGGUGGUGGAAGGGGUUUAA